CUUUUUGUCUUGAUUUUUUCUUAUAUGUUCGCUCAUUUAAUUGCUUUUGAUUUUGUGUUUUUCUUUUUUCUUUUUUUUUUUUUUACAUAUAAAUAAAAGCUUAAAAGCAACACAUAAAAUGCACAUAUAAAAAGUUAGAGUUCGGAGCUGUCUUUGAACGCACCAAAGGUGUGGGAUGGCAAAAACGCGGAAGUGACGUCACAGUUUAUAAUCGGGCAGAGUAUCGACUUGACGGAGAAGAGGGAUACUUUUUAGACUGUUUGUUCGGUGUUUUGUUCGUUUUCUCGACCCCGCGUGAAAACCGCGCAGACGUUAAGCGUGAAAGUGUCACGUGCCCGCCCGGCUCUGCUCGUUCGCGCCGCGGGAACGCGCCCAGCCCGAGCCGACACUUGGAGGGAGUUUGACUAGAGCUGCGCUCGUGCAGCCGCUCGUUCGCGUACCUGACAGCUUCCGGUGAUGGCCUGCACCCUAGAGAAAGUGCUGGGCGACGCGCGGACCCUCCUCGAGAGGCUGAAGGAGCAUGACACGGCCGCAGAGGGGCUGAUCGAGCAGUCCGGGGCCCUCAGCCGCAGAGUGCAGGGCAUGAAGGAGGUGGGAAAUGCCCUUCCGGAUAAGCACUUAGAGGACAACUCAGAACUACAGGAGCUCACAAAGUACAAACCUCAUGUUCUUCUGACCCAAGAGAACACUCAAAUCAAGGAGCUGCAGCAGGAGAACAAAGAAUUAUGGCUGUCUCUUGAAGAACACCAGUACGCCCUUGAACUCAUCAUGGGUCGGUACCGGAAGCAGAUGCUGCAGCUGAUGAUGGCCAAGAAGGAGUUGGACACCAAGCCGGUCCUGAGCCUUCACCAGGAUUACGCUAAAGAAGUGCAGAACAAGGUGGAACAAAUAUGUGAGAUGGGCCAGGUGAUGAGAAGAGCCGUUCAGGUGGACGAUCAACACUACUGCUCUGUUCGAGAGAGGCUGGCUCAGCUGGAGAUUGAGAACAAGGAACUUCAGGACCUUUUGGUCAUCAGCAAAGGAACCAUCAAUACAGCAAAAGAAGAACCUCACCAGCCAGAAGCAGCAGAACCCACAUCAUGAGCUCCAGAUCCAUCACAUUCUGUGUGAACUGUGUUUCCAUCUGGGCUCAUUCUCUCAAAUUGAUUUCUAUAGAAUAGUUUUUAAUAAAAUCAUUUAUAUUUACACAGCAUCCCUCAUUAAAAUGAUCAAUUAUCUCGUCUACAGUUAAUUGAAGUAUUACUGUGGACAGUAUUUGAAUAGACGGGUAUUGAGGCUUUUUGAGGUGUAUUUAUCAGGUCCUGUUAAAGUAGAUUUAAAGUAUUUUUUUUGCCAAAGAUGGACAUGUACUCCUAGAUGAGUUUAUAUAUAUGUUUGGAUCACACAUCUUCACUGCCUCCAAUUGAAGCCGCUCUGUUUUACAACACUUGUGCUCGUUGCCAAGAAGAAAAGACUUUUGCAGAAAACAGACAGUUUAGUCUGAUAACAAAUACCCGUAUGUGUUUGUAUGAAUGAACAGACGUUUUGUGUGUUGAUGUAUGUGGUGUUGCAUUUGUGUGCGGUAAGUUUUUUUCUGUAUAUCUCAGAGCUUUUUGUAUGAAUCAAUACAAAUGUUCCUGUUUUCAUCUCAGGAAUUUAGUUUAACUUCAUUAACACUAUGGGUUUGUGUAAAAUAAAAUGAAACUAUAAUAAAACGAACUGUUUUUCGAA